AAUGUUUUCUCGCCUACUACUGACAACUGGGCCAGAACAACGGGACAGCCAUAAGACCAUCGAGACACAAAGUGUAACGAGUUUCCCUAGAUCAUGGAUCUGUUUUCUGCGACAUUGCUUGUCUUAGCUGGUUUGAUCAGCCUCGGCCACUGUUCUGCCUGCCCUCCGACAGCUCAGGAUGUCGAAAAAUGCUUUUCAGACAACCAUAUGAGUUUACCGGCCAAUUUCGACAUGAAAUCACCAUCUGUAGCCAGCAAACUCUUUUGUGAUCAGCCCGACAAUGCCGCUAACGCCAUCGCUUGUGUCUUUCAGUUGGCCAUAGACUGCUCCUCGUCCGAAUCGAUGUCAAUCAAUCUAGCUGAUUAUCUGCCUUCACCCAGCAAAGCUAAGGACAUGGUAAGCAUGAGCUGUAGAAAUAUCAGCUUGAUCGACGAGACGUGCACUGCCAGCAAAUUGUCCAGUGUAACCGCUUGUGCUGCUAGCAAGGCCGCAGACAUAGCCAGGUCGUCUUCAUUUGAUCUUGAAAAAAUUAUGUGCAAGAGCUUUGAGGUUUCUAAUGGCUGUAUAAGACCAGCCCUGGAAUCGUGCGGCUGUGCAACCGUCCAGUUACAAGAAGAGGUAAUGACCGGACCCAUGUGGCCGUCCAAGUGUCCACGCCCAGACUUUAGAACUGUUCAAUGUGACCCGAAUGACCCCAAAUCAUUUUUAGGCGGCUCGGGGACUAAGAUGAUCCCAAACACGAUGCUUUUGUUCAUUUUGUUUUGUAUCUUGAUGAAGUGCUAUAAGCAAUAGAUACAUAUUUUAAAUACAAAGCUUAUACACACACACACACACACACAUAUA